AUGGCUGAUCAUCUAUGUAUCUUGAUCCACGGACUUUGGGGCAAUCCGAAACACUUGAAAAAUCUCGCCACGUCGCUGCAAGCCGAGCACUCAAAAGACAAGCUACACGUCCUCGUCACCAAGAGCAACUCGAACAACUUCACCUACGAUGGCAUUGAAUUAGGGGGGGAGCGUACCACGAACGAGAUUGAGGAAGAGAUCAAGAUACUCGAAAAGGAUGGCAGAAAGAUCACAAAGAUAAGCAUUGUCGGCUACUCGUUAGGCGGCCUGGUUGCCCGUUAUGUCGUCGGUCUGCUGUACUCCAAGGGCUACUUCGACCGCAUACAGCCCGUCAACUUCACCACCUUCGCCACACCCCAUCUAGGCGUGCGAUCGCCUCUUCUUGGUCCGCACAAUUAUCUCUGGAAUAUCCUCGGUCCUCGCACAUUGAGCACCUCUGGUCGCCAACUCUUUACCGUUGAUUCCUUCCGUGAUACCGGCCGUCCGCUCUUGACAGUGCUGGCAGAUCCAAACAGUGUCUUCGUUCGCGGUCUGGCUAAGUUCACGCACCGCACCCUCUAUUCCAAUAUCAUCAAUGAUCGUAGUGUUCCAUACUACACCAGCUGUAUAACCUACAAGGAUCCUUUUGUGAACCUCGACGCUGUCGAUCUGCAACCUUUGCCUGGCUUCGAUGGUGUUUUACUGCGGCCAGAUGAGCCUGUUCGUCCAAAGCUCCGAGCGCCGCUUGGUUUUUGGGCCCGUUUAAGAGCUACAAGCUGGUCCACUCUUACAGCCGUUCCAUUCUAUCUCCUGCUGGCCGUCCUCAUUCCUGUCGGUAGCAUGCUCUUCCUUAUCAAUAGCGGAAUCCAAACAAUUAGAUCAGCACAGCGUGUUCGUCUACACGAAUCUGGUGGUGCCGCUUUUGGGAUCGAGCGCUACCGAACCAAUCCACUUCUCGAAGAAGCCCAGAAUAUUGAGGAACGCGUUUAUGAACACCUUAACUCUGACCAGGGGCAGGACUACUUACCAACUCCCACGUCUGAGGACGAAGACGAUCUCUCCAAGGCUGAGCACACUGGCAGCAAAUUCAAAGGGCAAGAGAAGUUUCCCACGCUCGCCCUUACGUCAGAUCAAUUCUAUAUGAUUGAAGGUUUGGAUGGCGUGGGCUUCACAAAGUAUCCUGUCCAUAUCAGCAAAGUUCGGCAUACACAUGCAGCCAUUGUUGUAAGGACGAAUCGCUGGGGCUUCGAUGAAGGCAGGAUCGUUGUUGGACAUUGGGUCAAGAAUUUUAGAAUCUAA